AUGAAACGAAGCUCGCUGUACAAGCUGUGCUAUCUUGUCUUCGCAGCUACAAGCAUCAAAGCUGGCCUAUUACCUCCUCAGAAAGAGCCACUAGCUCUGGUGUCUCUGCCCAAAUCUCAAAUUCAGUCAGUACCCAGCCAGGAAAAUCCAACAUUCAAAGCCUGCACAGGGAACACGCCAACAACCAGACAACAAUGGUGCGAAUACAACAUCUACACUGACUACACAAUAACAACACCAGACACCGGUGUCACACGCGAAUUCUGGUUAGAGAUAAACCAAGCAACACUGGCACCAGACGGACGACCCAGAUGGGCACUCACCAUCAAUGGCUCAUUGCCAGGUCCAACAAUUGAAGCAGACUGGGGCGACACAGUGAUAAUUCACCUCCGAAACAGUCUCCCAGUCACGAUUCAAAACGGAACAAGCCUGCACAUCCACGGGCUCAGACAGCACUAUACAAACCCCAUGGAUGGUGUCGUCUCUGUCACACAGUGCCCCAUUGCCCCGGGAAAUACCAUGACUUAUAAAUGGCGAGCAGAGCAAUACGGCACGACAUGGUAUCAUUCACACAUUGGACUUCAAACAUGGGAAGGCGUUUUCGGUUCUGUCAUUAUCAAUGGGCCUGCUAGUAGUGACUACGAUGAGGAUGUGGAUGCUCUUCUGCUUUCCGACUGGGAUAUCAACACGGUCGAUCAGCUUUGGACUGUAGCCGAGGCGGGUGUGUCUCCAAAACUGGAUAAUGGGCUUAUCAAUGGUGUCAACGUCUUUGGAGACGACGAUGAUCCAGCCCAGAUGGGACAUCGCUUCAAUACUACGUUCAUUCGGGGAAAAUCAUAUCGGCUUCGUGUGACGAACACGGCUUGCGAUACUCAAUUCAAAUUCAGUAUUGACCAUCAUACGCUGACGGUGAUUGCUGCGGAUUUUGUUCCUAUUCAACCGUACAAUACGACAGUGAUCAGCAUUGCAAUUGGACAGCGGUACGACAUAAUAGUCCAAGAAAACCAAGCCAAAACAGCAGACUCAUUCUGGCUACGCGGAGUUCCCCAACUCUCCUGCUCAUCCAUCAACCAAGACCAAUCAAACAACAUCCACGGAAUAAUCUACUACAACACCAUCUCAGCACCACACUCACCUGCAAGCCUACCAAACACAACAGCCUACCAGAUCCCCGACACAUGCGAAGACGAACCCCCAUCAAACCUCAUCCCCCUCAUCUCAACCCCCCUCAACCUAACAACCCCUACCCAAUUCUACAACGAAACCCUACCCGUAUCGAAAUCCCUCAACACAAACUCAGUUUGGAGAUGGUUCCUAAAUGGCACAUCCAUGCAGGGGAACUGGUCCCACCCAACCCUCCUCCAACUAAGCAACACAGACCCCAACAACCGCGACCAAUGGAACACAAACGACGACAAAACAGCACUCCUCGCCCUCCCAAAACCAGACACAUGGGUCCUCGUCAUCAUAGAAACGACCAUGGCAGCCCCUCAUCCAAUCCACCUACACGGACAUGAUUUCCUGGUAGUUGCACAGGGAGCAGGGGACUGGGAAUGGCCCCCGACACGGACGGACUCGGGCCCUGAAAUGGGGAAUAGAAAUGGAAGUGGAAAUGAUAAUGGAAACACAUGGUAUCAUGCUGCAGGGUCCCUCCCCAAGCGCGAUACGGCGCUCCUACCUGCGCUUGGACAUCUCGUGCUGGCGUUUCGGUCAGAUAAUCCUGGGGCUUGGUUGAUGCAUUGUCAUAUUGGGUGGCAUCUGGAGGAAGGAUUUGCGUUGCAGUUUGUUGAGAGGGGGUCUGAGGUUUGGGAUUUGUUUCAUGGGGAUGGGGCUAGGAAUGGGGGUUUGAGCCGGGAUUUGGAUUCAGAUCUGGAUUGGAGGGAUUAUGCGCGAUCUAGCGAGGAGAAUUGUGCUGCUUGGGAUCAGUAUGAUCGCCGGGAUCCGAUCUGGGAGGAUGGGGCUGCUAUUUAG